AUGGCGUUUGACGCGGAGGUAUACAUCCUGAUCUGUGUGUUCUUAAUUCUCACCAUCCUGUCCCUAGUCGUGAACGGAUGCACUCUGCUGGGACUCGGACGCUCGAACGACCUGUCUUGGGAGCCCCGGUACGCCCUGUUGAAGAACCUGAUCCUGAGUGACAUUGUGCAGACCAUGAAUUUGGGCCCGUUUGUGACCCACUGCUUAAUACAGAGAAGCACCAUGACCUUCAACAGUUGGUGCGUAAUCCAGUACUUCACGGGCAGCGCCUGCAUCUUCUGCACCAUGAUCACCAUCACGUGCAUGGCCAUCGAGCGCUACCUCUACGUGUGCCACGCCAUCCACUACCUGGCCAUCCUGACCCCUGUGCGCCUGCGCCUCGCCGUCAGCUUCACCUGGGUCCUGUCCAUCAGCGCCGGCCUUGUUAACGUCACCCUGCUGCACCGGGGGGAGGGGGAGUACGGCGCCGCCACCUACGGCCUCACCUGCGAGCCCGACACUGUGGAGCGCCACAUGGGCUUCCCUAGAGCGGCGGCCGUCACCCCCAAGCUGAUGGGCGUGAGCGUCACCGUGCUCUGCCUCCUCAGCUACUUCUUCGCCUACGUGAGGAUGUACCAGGACGCCUGCAACGCCGUGAUGCCGUUCAGCGUGGUCAACAUGCGGGCGCGCAACACCGUGCUCUUUUACUGCGGGAUGCUGUUUCUGCAGCUCCUCCCAAUGUUCCUCAAGAUCACCUCAGAUGUUCUGUGGGAGCUGGAGGGCACAACGGACACUUCUACAGUCCCCCCGAAGAACCUCUUUGGGGCUGAUUCGUUACUGUUGGCCGGCACCCUGCACGUCGCCCUCCUGGCUCUCAUCCUGGUGCCCCCCUGUAUCAACCCACUCAUCUAUGGCCUCCGCAAUGGGGAGGUGCGCCAGGCUCUGCCCAGACUAUUCCGAUGGAAGGGUGACAGUCCUGUGCUGGACGUGGAAACAACUGAGGGGUUGUCACACGCAGGUGGGCUGAGUGAGGGAGGGGAGAGAUAUGGCAACGGAGCCCAUGUAAAACCAUUUGAGGAGAGGGACGAGGAGCGCACUGAUGUUGGUAAAUGUACAAUUGUUAGCAACGAUGUAGUGCGCAGUACUAACACGGAUUAUAGCAUGAAUUGA